AUGCUCAAUUGGAACAAUGAUAUCAACAUGUCGCUAAGAUUGAUCUCGCCAGAGGAGAUGCAGUUCGAUCCUGCUGCGGUUCAGCCAUCUCCAUCAAGGCAUAAAAUCAAUGGCAACGACGAAGCAGCGUCCAUCCGGAAGCAGAAACUGGAGAUACAGCGCCGUAUCAUCGAAAAGAAGCAGCGGCGCAAGCGCCAGGAGCCACUCAUGGUCCAGGCUAACACGGAGGCCAAGGUGAAGGGGCGCCGUGGGAGGCGCAAGCCGGAGGAACGCAUCCCACUCAUGGAGUCGUGCAGUGAGCAUAGCCUGUGCAAUAGUACAAGCAACCCUUUCCUCGUGGAAUCGGUCCCAGAGGCCCACCUUGGCGCUCAUGUGUGGGGUAGCUCUGUGCAGAUGAACCGGACGCACAACGGCCAAGGGGAAUGCCAGGAACCCUUUCCAGAUUUCUUUGAUGAGGCCCAGCUGGAGGAGGAGCUGGAAGUGGCCAUUUUGGAAGAAAGCCAGCCUAUCAACAAGAACGAAUCAGCUCCCAAGAACGGCUGGCAGGCCAAACAGAGAGAAGGGCGCCCCAAUGCCCAGCGACAUAGCCAGGCUUCCAGGUCAAAGAAGGAAGUCUUGUCACUCAGAGAGGCUGUUCCGUCUAACAUUGUGGACAUGGAAGGCGAGGCUCCUGGCUGUGAGUUCCAGGCAUCCCUGUUGGAAAAGGAGGCCUCAUCCCCAAUACAGAAAGCUCCAUCCAUCAUCAUGGAUAUAGAAGACCAUUUCGAGAAUGAACUGCAGAGAGAAGACGUGGACCUAGAAUCUACAGGGUCCAAGGAUACCACUGGCGAAGUCUGCCAUGUUGACACACCGCUCAGUAAUUCUGACAGUGAGGGGGAGUCAUCCCAGGAGUCGACUGUACCACCCUCACCCAUGGAAAAGCCCCGGGACCGGAUGCUCACACACAGAGGGUCUCUCACCAAUGGAAGGAGAAGCCAGAGUGAGGAAGAUGAAGACGACGAAGAGAAGGAUGACGAAGAUGAAGACUUCAAGGACAAGGAUCAAGACAUCCUUAUGUACUUCCGUGAGGAAAUUGACUCGGCCACCUCUCCCAGUGAAGAAUGUAGCACCCCUUUGUCGCUCAAUUUGGAUGACCUAGAAGAAUUUGUACUCAAACCCGCUCCUCAAGGCAGUACAAUCCAGUGUCGCAUCACACGGGACCGGAAGGGAAUGGACAAGGGAAUAUUCCCCUUCUACUACCUGCAUCUGGAGAUGGAAAAUGGAAAGAAGCGAUUCAUUAUGUCUGGACGGAAGAGGAAGAAAAGCAAAACUUCCAACUACCUCAUUUCACUAGACCCCAUUGAUCUGUCAAGGGAUGGAGAUAACUUCAUUGGGAAAGUCAGGUCCAACGUACUGGGAACCAAAUUUACCGUGUUUGACAAUGGGAUGAACCCAGAUAAAAAACCUUUUGUUCCAGAAACAGCACAGCUGCGGCAAGAGCUGGUUGCCAUUUGCUACGAAACCAACGUGCUGGGAUUCAGAGGCCCACGGAAAAUGACAGUGAUAAUCCCUGGUGUGGACGCAGACAACGAAAGGAUCUGCAUCCGGCCUAAGAAUGAACAUGAGACCCUCCUGACUCGGUACCAGAACCGGAACAUGCAGAACCUGAUCAAACUCCAGAACAAGAUGCCGGCUUGGAACGAGGAGACCCAGUCCUACGUGCUCAACUUCCGAGGGCGCGUCACACAGGCCUCCGUGAAGAACUUCCAGAUCAUCUCAGAAGACGACCCCAACUACAUUAUGCUGCAGUUUGGUCGCGUGGCGCCCGACGUGUUCACCAUGGAUUACCGGUUCCCUCUCUGUGCAGUUCAGGCCUUUGCCAUCUGCCUGUCUAGCUUUGACGGGAAAAUUGCUUGCGAGUAG